AUGUCCCGAGGAUCAAGUGCAGGAUUUGAUCGUCACAUUACCAUCUUCUCUCCUGAAGGAAGACUUUAUCAAGUUGAAUAUGCUUUCAAGGCUAUCAAUCAAGGGGGACUCACAUCAGUCGCAGUUCGUGGGAAGGACUGUGCAGUUGUUGUCACACAGAAAAAAGUACCGGACAAACUCCUUGAUUCCGCCACAGUGACUCACCUCUUCAGGAUAACAAAUAACAUUGGAUGUGUAAUGUCAGGAAUGACAGCUGACAGUCGAUCCCAAGUUCAGCGCGCUCGCUAUGAAGCAGCUAACUGGCAAUACAAAUACGGCUAUGAGAUCCCUGUGGACAUGCUGUGUAAGAGAAUUGCAGACAUCUCCCAAGUCUACACGCAGAACGCUGAGAUGCGACCACUGGGCUGUUGUAUGAUUGUGAUCGGCAUAGACGAGGAAUGUGGGCCCCAGGUCUACAAAUGUGACCCAGCAGGCUACUACUGCGGCUUCAAAGCCACUGCUGCUGGGGUGAAGCAGACAGAAGCCACUAGCUUCCUGGAGAAGAAGGUGAAAAAGAAAUUGGACUGGACCUUCGAACAAACUAUUGAGACGGCUAUCUCUUGUCUUUCAACUGUCCUAUCCAUUGACUUCAAGCCCUCAGAGCUUGAGGUGGGUGUGGUCACAACGCAAGACCAUAAAUUCAGGAUUCUCACUGAAGCUGAAGUGGAUACUCACUUGAUGUCUUUGGCAGAGCGGGACUGA